UUGUGCAAGUUGCCCCUUAACAUAACCUUCAGAGAUACGCAUAUUUGCAUUGUGGGGUCUGAACUUGACGAUUAUCAUUGCCAGCAAGGCUAUUACGAGUUCGAUGUGCAAAAGUGAAGUGUACUGUGUGCGCUAUACAUUUUUUUACGCCUGCGGAAAAUCUUUAUCGACCUAACGAAAAGCGCGCGAUUUUGCGUGCGUGAAGAAAGAAGAGAGAACACGUUUCUUCCUCGGAAGAAGAGGACGAAACGCUCGCAAUUAAAUGCGAUAAAGUAGCACACAUGCAUAUAUGUAACACGCACGUAUCCGGUCGCUACAGUCCGUCCCUCGUGCGAAUCCAAAGCGACGGUGUUACGCCGACAUAUUGAAUUACAAAAUUAAGCACCGUUCGAAGAAACGACAGGACGGGUAAAGCGAGACGAGGAGAGAGAAAGGAACAGACGCAGCGAAGGGGAGGGAAACAGAGAUAGAGCAUGCAGGAUGUUGUAUCGAACAAAAUGCGUUGUGUGCGACGAGUAUACCGCUCGGACAUGUAUAAGCGAUUCAUUUAGUGAAUAUUUUUCACGCGUAGCAUGUACGAAAGCAUAAGAAGGGAACUGUGUACAUUCGACGUACGACGACGACGACGCCGCCACGAGUCGACGGAAGCCUCAGCCACGGACAUCUUGCUUUAUUCAGGAUAAAUUUAUUGCGAGGAAACAAAAGGGAUGCAAAGCAUGUUAACAAGCAUCGUGCUUCGACGAUGCAACGACGUCGCCGUUCGAUGUUCGCGAAAUAUCGCAGGCACGCGUCGUAGCUACGCGACGAAGCCUGAAUUAACGUCGAUCAGAUAUAAGAUGGAACGCGGGCCCUUCAACAGGAUCUCGAGCGCGGAUAUUAGUUUCUUUAAUACAUUGAUGAGCUCAAAUCGUGUAAUCACGAGUCCAGAUGAAUGCGAGAGUUACAAUAUCGACUUUCCCAAGACUGUCAGAGGUGCUGGUCGGUGUGUGUUAAAACCGAUAUGUACGGAGGAGGUGUCAGCUAUAUUAAAAUAUUGCAACGAGAAACGAUUAGCGCUUGUCCCACAGAGCGGAAACACUGGUCUUGUCGGAGGUAGCAAUCCCGUCUUUGAUGAAAUCGUGGUCUCCAUGAAAUUAAUGAAUCAUAUUCUCGAUACGAAUGAAUUAACAGGUGUAUUGACAUGCGAAGCUGGCUGCGUUUUACAGGAUUUGGAGAAUCAUUUAGCCAAAGUCAGAAUGAUAAUGCCUUUGGAUCUUGGCGCUAAAGGCAGCUGCUUAAUUGGUGGUUGUGUCUCGACUAAUGCGGGAGGAGUGCGAUUGCUACGUUAUGGUAAUCUUCAUGGCAACGUUUUGGGAUUAGAAGCAGUAAAAGCAAACGGUGACGUCGUAGAUGCAAUGAAUACGCUAAAGAAGAACAACACCGGUUAUCACCUCAAACAUCUAUUUAUUGGUUCUGAAGGAACAUUGGGAAUUGUGACAAAAGUAGCUAUACAGUGUCCACCUUUGCCAAAGACCGUACAUGUCGCAUUUCUAGGAUUGGCAAGCUUUGAUAAAGUAUUGGAAACAUACUAUUUGGCGAAACGUGAAUUAGGCGAGAUUCUGUCUUCCUGCGAAAUGAUGGAUCGAUUAGCUUUAGACGUCUCCAUUAAUAAUUUGGGCAUGAAAAAUCCUUUGACAAGCCGCGAGAACGGUCACGACUUUUACAUGCUUAUCGAAACAUCCGGUAGUCAUUUGACCCACGAUGAGGAGAAACUCUCCCUUUUUGUGGAAAAAGCAAUGAACAACGAUAUCAUCGAAGAUGGCACUUUAACUAACGAAAUAUCAAAAAUUAAUCAUAUAUGGGCACUUAGGGAAAGAAUUAGCGAGGGCGUUCUGCGUGAUGGUUACGUCUUCAAGUAUGAUAUUUCCUUACCUUUAACAUCAUUUUACAAAGUCAUCGAAGUGCUUCGAGAACGAUUAUGUGAUCCUCGUAUCGUUAGGAUCAGUGGUUAUGGCCAUAUAGGCGACGGAAAUAUCCAUGUACAAGUCUCUAUACCAGAGUAUUAUGUGGAUGUGGCUGCACAAUUGGAGCCAUUUAUCUUUGAGUAUGUAUCACAAUGUCAGGGUAGUAUUAGUGCCGAACAUGGCAUUGGUAUUAAAAAGACUAAAUAUCUUCACUUGAGCAAAAGCUCCUCCGAGAUCGCAAUGAUGUGUGAUUUGAAAACCCUGAUGGAUCCGAACGGUAUUUUGAAUCCAUAUAAAGUUGUAACGCCAGUUAAGGCGGAAUUACAAUCCUAGAAAUAAUCUUUAAGCAAAAAUAAUGUAAAUUCAAUGUGCCAUUUAGGUAAAAUACAUUGUAAUGAAGUUCUGUAUGGAUUUAUAUAAUCGUUUUCAGAAGAUCGCCUCUACUUUGAGGGAUUUUUUAAAAUAUUGAUACAUUGUUAUAUUGUGCAGAACUAUUAAUAUGAUAUAUAUAUAUAUAUAUAUAUAUAUAUAUAUAUAUAUAUAUAUAUAUGUAUAUAUUCAAUUACAUGUAUGUUGACAUAACGUGUAAUGUUUGGUAAAGAUUUGUUUGGCUAAUCUCCAUUCACUAAUAAAAGCAAGCAUAGCAUUUUGGUGACUAAUUAAAUCUAUCUCAAAAUAGAUCUGCAGCACAAAUGGCAGCAGAUGAAAAAUAUCGAAACAUGUCUUGACAAAUGAAAAUGGAAAAUGCUAAAUGUAUAUCAUGUUUUUAUAGUUGUAUAAUUUAUUUAGUAUAUGUAUAAUUUUUUUUAUAUAUAUAGUUUUCAAUAAAGAGAUUCUAUAUUUUUCAA